CUCAACUACUGGAUUCGUCUAGGUCGGUGGUGGAAGGCAGGGAAAUCAGGGCGCGGAGCCAACCACAACGGAUAAAGCUUUCGUGGUGAUGUCAGCUUGUUGCUUCAUUCAGCGUUGCCGGAUAUCUUGUUCUUGUGUAUCAGCGGAGCAGGACUGUUAAGAGUUUCUGCUGUCCAUGAACCCCACGCGCAUACCUGGCUGCCUUCUAUCUAGAUCCUUCACCCCGGGCCAUCAAACCGUCCCCAAGUGACUCUCCUUGUUAUGUCAAACGCCUUGUGUUUACUAGAAUACUUGGAGACCAGUGCAAGCAAACCAAAGAAAUGCCUCAACGACAGCCUUCCACAAGCAAGCCCCCUACAGUGAGGCAUCCCUCUAUACGUUCAGAGAAGCCCGAUCCUCAACGCCUGUCCUCUACUCGAUCAUCCACGACGCGAAACAACUCCGUCAGGACAGUCAAUGGAAGUGCUCCACAGCGAAGACCCACCGCGGGGCUGGAGAGGCAAAACACCUUACAGACCCGCUACAUGGAGAUGCUCCUCCACCUUGACAAGAUCCCCCGUCUUCACAACAUCCUCGCAGCCCUCUUCGGCUGGCUCCUCCUCGCCGGCUUCAUCGUCUUCCCGGGUACCUUCACCAGCAUCCGCGACCUGGCCGAAGACCCGGACCUGGCCGCGAAAUCCCCCACCGCCAGUGCUGUCCUCAGCCACGUCCAGAACAUCCCCCUUCUCGUCGUCGCCGCCAUAUCCUGUGGGAUAGGUGCCGCAGGCUUAUUGUGGCUGUCGUUCCGGUGGCGAUCAAAUUACGUCUGGCUGCUCAACCGCAUCUACCUCCCGGGUGCGACCAAUGCCCUGGCUGGACUAAUCUCGACUCUAGUCGUUGUCUACUCGCAGAAGGACGGGCAAUGGAGCGUCACGGCUAUGGUCACCGGCAUUGUCGAGGCCGCCGACCUUGUCAUCUGCGCCGCAUUAUUUGCAUUCAAUACGCUGCUGCUCAAGAGGGUGCAGCGGAAGCAUGGAAAGGAGCUGGAGCAGCUGGAGCAGAGCGCAGACGAAGGGUUGUUUGAGAGGGCGGGCAGGAAGCUGCAGGAGCCUGCUCUGGAGCCACAGAGCGUCGUCUGA